CCCCCGCGCACGGCCCGGGCGGGCGGCGGCGGAGGAGCAGCAGCCCCCGCGGGAAGCCUCUGGCCCUGCCGAUGUGGCGCAGGUCGGUGCCGAGCCGCGGGCAGGGGUCAGAGGAUGGUUCAUGAAGCUGCGCGCCGGCUGGCGGAGCGGAGGGGCCGCGCCGGGGCUCGCCCCGCCGCCCGGCCGAGCGGAGCGAGGGGUUAGUGCGGGGAGCCGCGGGGAUGGAGGGCCCGGGCGGGCCCGACUGGCGCCUGGCGCUCUGGACGCUGUUCUCCGUGCUGCUGCCCGUGCUCAUCACCGCGUGGUGCAGCUUCCAGCGGUCGCGGCGGCAGCUGCUGAUACGGGACAUCUUCCGCAAGAGCAAGCACGACUGGCACUACACGGACCUGUUCGGGCAGCCCUCGUACUGCUGCGUGUGCGCCCAGCACAUGCUGCGCGGAGCCUUCUGCGGCUGCUGCGGGCUGCGCGCCAGCGAGCGCUGCCUCAAGAAGGCGGACCAGCGCUUCGCCUGCAAGGAGAUCAUGACGAGAGGCGCCGGGGCAUCCCAGAGCUCCAUCCCGCACCACUGGGUCAGAGGGAACGUGCCCCUGUGCAGCUGCUGCGUGGUGUGCAAGCAGCAGUGCGGCACCCAGCCCAAGCUCUGCGACUACAGAUGUGCAUGGUGUCAGUACACUGUGCAUGAUGAAUGCAUGGUGGAUUGUUUAAAGACUGAGGAGUGUACAUUUGGAGAAUUCAAAGACUUAAUUAUCCCACCCUACUACUUGUCUACAAUCAACCAGAUGCGUAAAGACAAGAAAACCAAUUAUGAAAAGGUGGUACCUUACAGCAGAGAACACUGGAUGCCAGUGAUUGUACUGGCAAAUACUCGCAGUGGGAACAACAUGGGCGAGACUUUACUUGGAGAGUUUAAAAUGCUGCUGAACCCCGUUCAGGUUUUUGAUCUAAGCAAAAUUGCACCUGCUAAAGCCCUCCAGCUCUGUACCUUGCUGCCUUGCAACGCUGUCAGGGUUCUUGUCUGUGGUGGGGAUGGCACAGUGGGCUGGGUCCUGGAUGCAAUUGAUGAAAUGAAGAUAAAGGGGCAAGAACGAUACAUCCCACAAGUUGCAAUUUUACCUCUGGGAACAGGGAAUGACCUGUCCAACACACUGGGCUGGGGGGCAGGUUAUGCUGGAGAAGUCCCUGUGGAACAGAUCUUACGGAAUGUCAUGGAGGCAGAUGGAAUCAAACUCGACAGAUGGAAGGUUCAAGUAACAAACAAAGGAUACUACAACUUAAGGAAACCAAAGGUAUUCACAAUGAACAACUACUUUUCUAUAGGACCUGAUGCUCUCAUGGCUUUAAAUUUCCAUGCUCAUCGUGAGAAGACUCCCUCUCUGUUUUCCAGCAGAAUUAUCAAUAAGGCUGUUUAUUUUUUUUAUGGAACCAAAGACUGCUUAGUGCAAGAAUGUAAAGACCUUAACAAAAAGGUUGAGCUAGAGUUGGACGGUGAGAGGAUCGAGUUGCCCAAUCUGGAAGGCAUCAUUGUGCUGAAUAUUGGCUACUGGGGAGGUGGCUGCAGGCUCUGGGAAGGAAUGGGGGAUGAACCUUACCCCUUGGCGAGGCAUGAUGAUGGACUUCUGGAAGUUGUUGGUGUUCAUGGUUCUUUCCACUGUGCCCAGAUCCAGGUGAAACUGGCCAACCCUGUUCGCCUGGGGCAGGCACAUACCGUGAGGCUGAUCCUGAAGAGCUCGAAGAUGCCGAUGCAGGUGGAUGGAGAGCCCUGGGCCCAGGGGCCCUGCACAGUCACCAUCACACACAAGACUCACGCACUGAUGUUGUACCACUCGGGGGAACAGACGGAUGAUGACGCUUCCAGCCUGUCCGAGUAGGACCCUGGGACAGAGCAGAGGGAUGAGGACAUGUAGAUUUUAUGGAAUUCAAUGUGAGACAGCGAGGAACUUCAGCUCGUUAAAACACACCUAACCUAGAGUGAGGUUUAUGCCGUGAGUUUCACACUUGUGAAUGAAUUAGAGCUGAGGAAAAAGCCAUGCUUUGACACUCCUGAAAACUUUCACAGCUCAAUUACCACAACUGGUUU